AUGGCUUUACCACCACGUUUCCCAGGAAUGAUACCCGCUUACGGUUCGGUACCUUUGCCGCCUAUGGCGCCACUGAUGUCCUUUCCGAAUCCGUACUUUAUGCCGAACCCAUUAAUGGCUGCUGCGGUGAAUUCACAGCGUAUGGCUGCGCCGACUGCACCGCAGUCUAAGCCACCCGAAAAACCGCCUGUCACGACGGUAUUUGUGGGUAAUAUAACAGACAAAUGUAGCAACGAGUUGAUUCGUUCAAUAUUGAGUGAAUGCGGCGCAGUUGCAACUUGGAAACGAAUUCAAGGAUCGAAUGGUAAAUUUCAAGCAUUUGGUUUUUGUGAGUUCGAAAGUCCGUACGGUACAAUGCGUGCUUUGCGUAUUCUUCAUGAUUAUCAACUUGCUGAGAGGAAGCUCGUUGUUAAGAUUGAUGACAAAACACGCACAAUGGUAAAGGAGUAUGUUGCGAAACAGCGAAAUGAGAAGGGGUUAUCAGCUGAGCAAUUGUCCGGUGAUGAGAUGCCAGCUGAUGAAGAGAAUGCGGCUGAAGAUGAAGUGACUCGACAGAAGAUUCAAACUCUAAUCGAAACGGAUGCACCGAAUCUUUUACCUAUUGAAGGUCAAGGUGAACCAGUUUUUCAUUCGAGAGACAUAUCACUUUCAAAUUGGUUUAUUUUUAUUCUCAUCUUCGAUUUGCUUAUUGGAGGAUUCUGUGUAUUGUUCGUCGAGAUAGAAAUCUUGGUAUCCUCAAUAUGUAUUUCAGAGGGUGAAUUGGAUGAAAAGACACACUCACCUGGGGCCGAACGUUCGAGGGUAAGUUGA